AUGUCUGAUUUCUUGUCACAGUUGAAUAUCUUCAACAAAGAGAAUUACAAAUUCUCGUCCUCGGAGAAGUCUGAGGAUGAUACGUCUGAUUUCGAGACUGGACAGCAGUUCGCCACGGAGCUGGACCAAGGUGAGAAAAGACUGGGUCUUAUCUCAUGUAUUGGGUUGAUCUGUAACAGAAUGCUGGGAACCGGUGUCUUCGCGGUUUCUUCUACGAUUUACACUCUGAGCGGCUCCAUCGGUCUGGCGCUGAUCCUGUGGGCUGUGGGUGCGCUCAUCGCCCUGGCAGGUCUAUACGUAUACAUGGAAUUCGGUACCGCUAUACCGAGAAAUGGUGGUGAGAAGAACUACUUGGAAGCCAUCUUCAAGAAACCAAAGUUUUUCAUCACAUGCAUGUAUGCGUCCUAUGUUUUUUUCCUAGGUUGGGCCGCGGGGAACUCAGUUAACACCGCGGUGAUGUUCUUGACCGCCGCUAACACCGAAGUGACUAAGUGGAACCAAAGAGGUAUUGGUGUAGCUGUGGUGUUCUUCUGUUUCGCUGUCAACUCCAUCAACGUUAGAGCCGGUCUGUACAUCCAAAAUGUGCUCGGUGUCUUCAAGUUGGGUAUCGUUAUCUUCAUCUCAAUCACCGGCUGGGUGGCCCUUGCAGGUGGUUUGAAGCACGGAUACCAGUCGCAUAACUUCCACAACGCGUUCGAAGGUACCAACAAGGCUACCGCUUACGGUGUGGUCAACGCCUUGUACAAUGUCAUCUGGUCCUUCGUCGGCUACUCCAACGUAAAUUACGCCCUAGGUGAAGUCAAAAACCCAGUGAGAACUCUAAAGAUCGCAGGCCCUACUUCUUUGAUCUGUUUGGCCAUCAUCUAUAUCUUUGUCAACAUCGCAUACUUUGCUGUGGUUCCAAAGGAUAAACUGAUCUCUUCCAAGUUGAUCUUGGCCGCUGAUUUCUUCGAUAUCUGUUUUGGUGGUCAUGCUAAGAGAGUUGCCGCUGCCCUUGUUGGUCUAAGUGCCCUGGGUAAUGUCAUGUCAGUCAUCUUCUCCCAAGGUAGAAUUAUCCAACAACUUGGCCGUGAAGGUGUCUUGCCAUUCUCCAAUUUCUUUGCUACAUCCAAGCCUUUCAACUCCCCAAUGGUUGGCCUUUUCCAACAUUUCAUCAUUUGUAUGAUCACUAUCUUGGCUCCUCCUCCAGGUGACGCUUAUAACAUCAUCCUGAACUUGAUCUCUUACCCAAUGAACAUUGUCAAUUUCGUGAUCUCCGCGGGUUUGCUAUGGAUCUACUGGCAGAGAAGACAAGGCAAGAUUGAAUGGAACCCACCUAUUAAGGCCGGCGUCUUCAUUACUACUUUCUUCAUGUUGUCUAAUGUUUACCUGAUCGUCGCUCCAUAUAUCCCACCAACCCACGGUGAAAGCGUCUACGAGCACGCUCCAUACUGGAUUCACUGUGUGGUCGCUUGGGGUAUCUUCGCGUUUGGUGGUUUCUACUGGUUGGUAUGGGCCAAAUUACUACCAAGAUGGGGCCAUUACAGAUUGGAAUCCAAGGAAGUACUUGGUGAUGAUGGGUUCUGGAGAAUGCAAAUCAUUAAAGUCCCAGAAAGUGAAGUAGGCGACGAUUCAAUUGAUUCUUCAGAUGGAGAGAAUAUCCACUCUAAUGAUAUCGAAGUGCUAGAUUACCAAGAAAGUAAGGAAUCGCACAAAAUAUCUCACGAAUAA